UUGCUCAUCAAUCAAACCAACAUUUUCCUCUUGUUUUUUUACCGUGACAACUGUCUGAAAUUCUAGUGUUGUUCUUUCUGAUUGCGCCCGAUGUGUUUCAAUUUAUGAACUUUGUAGUUUGAGCUGCUUGUCUGAACGUAGGUUCCCUCUCUCGACAAACCGGUCAACAGCAGCUGACGGAACACUUUAGCCCGCAAGCCUCUGAGCCGACUGUUUCCCCUAGUCUCAACUGUUCUUUGUCUUUUCUCCAUUAACAAGUUAGCCACAGCCAUCAAUUCCCAGACUUGUUUGCUGACACUGGCUUACAAUUAGAUUUUAAUCGACUGACAAGAUCUAACUACACCAAAAUAGGCAGCUUUGGAACCAAGAUGUCCAACCGAGUGGUGUGCAGAGAAGCAAGUCACGCCGGGAGCUGGUACUCUGCUUCGGGAGCCCAGCUGAAUGCACAACUAGAAGGCUGGUUGUCGCAAGCACAGUCUACAAUCAAACCCGCCAGAGCCAUCAUAGCUCCGCAUGCAGGGUAUACCUACUGUGGUGCUUGUGCCGCGCAUGCCUACAAGCAGGUUGACCCUUCUGUUACUCGUAGGGUGUUCAUCCUGGGACCCUCUCACCAUGUGCCCCUCUCCCGCUGUGCCCUAUCAACAGCAGAUGUCUACAGGACACCUUUGUAUGACCUGAGAAUCGACCAGAAGGUUUAUGCUGACCUCUGGAAAACAGGGUUGUUUGAGAGGAUGAGCAUGCAGACGGACGAAGACGAGCACAGUAUUGAAAUGCACUUGCCUUAUACUGCUAAAGCCAUGGAAAGCUACAAAGAUGACUUCAGCAUCGUGCCCGUACUAGUGGGAGCUCUGAGCGAGUCCAAGGAACAAGAGUACGGGAAGCUGCUCAGCAAGUACCUUGCAGACCCUUCCAACCUUUUCGUUAUCUCAUCGGACUUCUGCCACUGGGGUCAGCGGUUCCGAUACACAUACUAUGAUCAAUCUCAAGGGGAAAUCUACAGGUCAAUUGAGCAUCUUGACAAAAUGGGGAUGGGCAUUAUAGAACAGUUGGAUCCCAUGCCGUUCACCAACUACCUGAAAAAGUACCGCAAUACCAUCUGUGGGCGUCACCCCAUUGGAGUGCUGCUAAAUGCUGUGGCAGAGCUGAGGAAGAGCGGUAUAGACAUGAACUUCAGUUUUCUGAACUACGCUCAGUCGAGCGAGUGCAGAAACUGGCAGGACAGCUCUGUGAGCUACGCUGCGGGGGCGCUCAUCGUUCAUUGAGGUCGAUGAUCGCAGGGGUCACUGCAUCGUCGCAGCCCUGCCGUUUAUUAUCUAUUGCCAUAACCAGACCUAUACACCCUUGCCCCCCUACCUUAACCCCCCCCC